AUGCUGGGCCCAACUCAGCAGACGAAUCGACCCAGACGGAUCGCGGCAGUCCUGCUGGCGACAGCCACGGUUUCGCUCUUUGCCUAUUUCCUUGCCACGACAUCGAGCCAAUCCAUUCGACAGAAGAUUCGGCUGGGACUUAGUUUUACAGCGCGACAAGCUCUUCCCGCUGCGACAAGCGAGGCAGCAUGGAUAUCAUCCAGCCGCGAAAACACCAACAGCAAUGGUAGCAAGUAUGUUUUGCGCCAAGAUUCCACAACACCAAUGAAGGUCCGCUCAGAGAGUGUGUCGAGCCUCGGCGCAAGGACUAGUCUGCAGUUAGCAGCAUCAAGUGCCUCCAGCACCCUUUCAACCAGUCUCCCGUCCGCUUGGCCGGAGGUCCCUAGCUCCACGACACACGCAGCGCACACAGCGCAAGCUGCCCAGGGCUCCCCGAAAAGUGAGCCGAGCCUCGGAGAAGAACAGGCGCAGCUGGGCCCACAGUGGCGGCCCCUGGCAGCUUCAGAUCGAUAUCGCUUCACCCCGCAGACCCUGCCGCCUUUCCGAAAGUGUGAACAGGAAGAGCGAGGAAUGAAGCGCUGGAAACAAAAGCUGGACCAACGUGGCCUGAAGAUUUGCAGCGGCGGUGUUUCAAGCAUUAUAUGUGCACGUGAACUGGCAUCGCCCAGGAUCUAUGUGUGCCAGUUCAGCAACGUCUUGGAAGUGCUUGCUGGAGAUGGCACCUUGCGCUGGAUUGCCCAAUGCGCUUUGCAUAAAGAUGUUGAUCUAAAUUCCUUGUUCCAGCCUCUGCAUCGCAGCCAUUUCCUGCAUUUCCUCGAUGUUCGAAAAGACCUCGGGCCGAAGCAGCUCAGCAAAACCAUCACAGUCCUGCAGAGUAUCCCUGCCAAUGUCGACUUUGCUGAUCAUGUACUGGCAUCUUUGAAGUUGCAUGCCCAGAAGCAAGCACCGGCUCGCGAAGGGGUGACCUUCCUCUCUUCCGGCGACUGCAACACGGGCAACCCGGGCCAUUGCCAGGCCGAUCAGGACAACUUGUUCAUCGUGCAGCACAUUUUGCCGAAGACGUUUAGCAGAGAGGAGACCCGAGUGGCAGAACGCUUGCCCCAUUUCUACGAAGACUGGCAGGCACUGUCCGCCGAGAUCGUUACUGCCUCCUACUCUGCAGGUUUUCCUUCCUUGAAGGUGAAGGCGGAGCCGUAUGUGCAGCUUGUGAGGUACCUGGUAUCUGGGCCUACCGGAAUGACGGGGCCUCACUGGACCAGCUUGAAAGGCAGCUCCUGCUUAGGCCGGUCCCCUUUGCUUCUGGCGCAUCAAAUGGCUGCGUUGCCCUUCUUCGAGUCUACAUGGAGGAGCAACCUGGAUCGAUAUGGUGAUGCCUGCAACUUCCUGGAGAAACUCUCGGCUGAAUAUUCGUUGCACCUUCUGAACGGAGAGGCUUGCAAGAUCGAUGCAAGGCACAGCAACUUCUACCUGUGGAUUUCGCGCGUCGAUCAGGACUGCUAUGGGCCUGCCCGGUUGACCAGCAAAUGCCGGAAUCGUCAAAAUCGUGGCGUCUCGAACGGCCUGGAGCUUGCAACCGAAUUGUCGAAGCGUUACGCAAAUACUACUAUUCUAUACGUGAACGCGGGAACCAUUCCCUACCUCGACCAAGUGUUCCUGAUACGUGCGGCGAGCACCAUCAUUGCAGCGCACGGCGGCGGCUUGUGGAAUGCGGCGCGCUGGCUGAACGAGGCGCUGCACCAGCGAAUCGUGGAGAUCGUGCCGAUAGGUUCUCCCGGCGAGACCUGUUCUCUCGCAAAGCUUUUUGGCGGCCGAUACAGCUGGGUCAAGUGUCAUGCUUGCAAGAACAAGCAGAAUGGAGAGCUGAAGUUUGAGGAAUUCUUUAAGGCGGUGGAGACUGCGGACAUCAGCACAUGCCAAGGGUUCUAA